UUUUCGGCAACAAUCGGGCGGCGGUGCGCAAUUGGAGCACCACCGGGAUAAAGGGUGAAGGAUCAGUUGGCGGUUAAUCUGUUGGAUAUCUUCUCAUCUCCGCUGCUUCGCCGACCAAAUCAUCGUUUCUCCAUGUCGGAACCCUACCCCGACGAUCUCGACCAACUUCUCGAUAGUGCUUUGGAUGAUUUUGCGAAGCUCGAUCUCGCCCCCAGUCAGAGGGGAAGCAGCAGCGGCGGAGAGGGGAAGGAAGGAAGGGGCGAUGUGUUGGCACAGGCUUCUUCUUCCUCUUCAGUGAGGGGGUUGGGGAUUGGUCUUCCUGAUUUGAGGUCUAGGAAGCAGCAGAGGGCUCUUCCUCCGAAGAAAACUCACGCUACCGAGACGCUCGAGAAACUUACACAGCAGACUCGCGAGGCUGUUCGGGAGCUGGAAUCGGUAACGUCUGCGGCAGCAGCAGGUUCAAGGGCCGCUGGUGGGUUUGACGAGGAGAGCAUGGUCGAAGACUUCGUCAAGCAGUUCGAGGAGCUCGCUGGUUCGCAGGAUAUGGAAUCAAUAGUAGAAACCAUGAUGCAGCAGCUUUUAUCAAAAGAGAUUCUCCAGGAACCGAUGAAGGAAAUAGGAGAAAGAUAUCCUAAGUGGUUACAAGAGCAUAAAAGCAGCCUAAGCAAGGAAGAAUAUGAUCGCUAUUAUCGCCAAUACGAGCUGAUAUUAAAGCUUAAUGAAGCUUAUGAAGAAGACCCUGAUAACUUCCAUAAAAUAGUUGAUCUUAUGCAGAAAAUGCAAGAAUGUGGCCAACCACCAAGUGAUAUUGUUGAAGAGCUUGCUCCUGGUCUUGAUUUAAACAAUCUAACCCAAUUACCACGUGAACUUCUCGAGUCUCCUCCAUCCAAUUGCUGUAUAAUGUGAGAUGGGGAAAGAAAUAAUCUAUGGAUUAAGCUGACAACAUCAUCAUAGAUCGCAUCUCAGCCUACCUACGCCAUCUAAAAGAAGGAAAGUUGCUCUAUUCGUCCUUCAUAACUGAAAAUAUGGAUGUUUCUCUUGUUGUGGCUAUUGAUUCUCCAAUUAUUUAGUCUUGUGGUUCUUGUUGAUCAGAACUUCCAAGGACUUGUGUGGAAAAAGAGGAUAUUUAUUCAUUUAAAUGUCUGCAGGAAGGAACUAAGUUAUACUUUAUAUCUACACACUGAAUCUUCUCUUUAUUAUUAAUAAUAAGUGUUGCUUUCAUUCGAUUUUA